GCAUAUAAAAAUAAAAAGAUUGCAGAGGAAUAAGAUGUCUUUGUAUUAAUAAGUAAUUUUAUAACAAAUAUAGUUUUUCUACCAUUAUAAACAUGUUAUCCAUUUAAGAACUUUUUGAAACUAUUGUGUGUGCUUGUUUUUAUUUAUUUGUGUGUAGUAAAACCUUAAUAUUUUUUAAACGUAAAAUUUUUUAUAAUAGGUUUUAUCACAUGAACUUUUGGCUGUCAGAGAAGCAUGCAUGAAACUAGAAGGUGAUUACAAACCAGGAAUAACUUUUAUAGUUGUACAAAAACGUCAUCAUACAAGGUUAUUUUGUGCUGAUAAAAAAGAACAAAUUGGAAAAAGUGGUAAUAUACCAGCAGGAACAACAGUAGAUGUUGGGAUAACACAUCCAACAGAAUUUGAUUUUUAUCUUUGUAGUCAUGCUGGAAUACAGGGAACAAGUAGACCAUCACAUUAUCAUGUAUUAUGGGAUGAUAACCAGUUUUCAUCUGAUGAACUUCAAUGUUUAACAUACCAACUUUGUCAUACAUAUGUACGCUGUACGCGAAGUGUAUCUAUUCCAGCACCGGCAUAUUAUGCGCAUUUGGUAGCAUUUAGAGCACGAUAUCAUCUGGUAGAAAAAGAACAUGACAGUGGGGAUGGCAGCCAUCAAUCAGCUAAUGGAGAAGAUCGAACACCCACUGCAAUGGCUCGUGCAGUCACUGUACAUUCAGACACUAACAAAGUCAUGUAUUUUGCUUGAUGUAAUUUGUUACAUAGUUUACAACUUUUAACCCCAAUGGAAUCUAAAUCAAGAUAAACUUACCAAGAAUUGGCAAUUUUGCCAAAUAUAUAGUUGACCUUCACCAAGUUAUCAGUCAAUUUAAUGCCAUAGGAAAAGAAGACUGUCUCUUUUCAUAAAAUUUAGUGACUAAAAAAUCUAAACUAAAUGCAUCUAAUUUGCCUCAAAUCUUGGUGAAGCCAAUUAAAAAGUGAAAAAAAUCAUAUUUUUAACUUAUAGCUGCUGCACUUAGCAACGAUCAGACUUUUACCUCAUUGAAUGUUGUGGAAUUGAAAUCUAUGUCCAGUCAUUUCAUCAGAAAAAAAGGGUUAUUAGAAUAGUAUGGUGGAUACUCAAUUGUGCACCUUUUCUAAGCAUUCCUCAUAAUUGUUGCAGUUUUAGCUCUCAUAUUAAUAUUGUUAUUAUAGUUAUUAGACUACAUAUCUAUUCUUAUAUUUAUCUUCAUAUGAUUUUAAUCUCAUCAGAAGUCUUUGUCUAAAGCACAUGUUGUCACAUCAAUUAUCUCUGUUAGAGGUAGAAAGAUAUUUUAUACAUUGAUAAUUUAGGAUAUAAGAAGUCAUUUGAGAAAUUGUUUGGUUAAAUUUUUUGAAAACAAUUAUAUAUGAUUACUUGCAAUAUUAGUUGCAUUUUAUAUUCUUUAUUCCAUUCAAAAAAUGGAAUAAAGUAUAUAAUUGAUGACAUCAUGUUUAAAUUCAGAAAAUAGUGAUAGAAUUAUGAAGCUGAAUCAUGUCAUGAUUAUAAAAUUAUACUAUGGGCUAAUCUGGUUCAAUUUGGAUUAUGGCAUCAUAGUCUAAUUUGAUUGACUUUUUCAGAAAAAAUUUAAUAUGAUAAAUAGUUGAUAUUAUAGAAUCUAGAUUUAGUAAUAUUUUUAAAUGCACCUUUUUAUUUAUGCUUUAAAAUUUUAAGUAAAAUAUAUUAUAUCUACACUCAAAUAUUAUGAAUAUAUAUGAAUAUACAUACACACAUACUAAGAAUUAAACCUUAAUAUUGUGUGUAAAUGUAUGUGAA